UGUGUGUGUGUGUGUGUGUGUGUGUGUUUGGAGGCCUGCGUUGUGUCAGGACCCCAUCACUCUUGACUGUGUGUUUGUUUGACAUGGCCCUCGGUGUUGUGAGAAGCUCAAUUACCCAGAACCCCCUGCACAGCGGUUUAUUAGGAGUGAUGGAGGGAUGGCGCACAUCGGACAGCACGUCUGCACCAUUUCCCACAAGGCUGUUCACUUGCCUCUCCAUCAUGUAAUUCACCAUCUGUAGCAGCGGAGAUGGACACGAGCGAAACGGAGGGAUGAGAACGGUCCACAGCUGAGAAGAGAACAAGAAAGAGGCAUUUAAUGAGGUGUGACAGCAGUUCAGCUUGAGCUACAGGAGUGACUCGGUGGAGAUGAGACGAGGUUUCUUCAUCCUCAUCAUCAUCAUCCUCAGAUCAACAGAAGCACUUUCAUCAUAAAGCUGCAGAUUCACAAACACGAUAAAGUCGAGCCCCUGAGCGAGAGGCUGUUAUUGGAGCAGGAGCAGACGGAUCACAGACACUCCUCUUCUCUCCUCCUCUGACAGACGGAGCACAUGCUCUCUCUCUCUCUGUCUCUCUCUGUCUCUCUCUGGUUCUCACGGACCCCCAGCCGUCUUCUCCUCGCCGCUGCGUGUCUGUGCUGGAGUACGGUGUUGGAGUAUCUCAGCGGAGGAGGAGAGAGCAUCCUCAUCAUCCGUCAGGGACUCAGACUGCAGCUUGAUGGGAAAGACGCUGGAGCAGCUCCAGAUGUUCCCUCACUACACCUGCAUCUAUCCACCCCACGCUCACAGCAAGCAGCCAUAUGCCCCGCCCCCUCCUCAGAUGGCCCCGCCCAGUCCAGGAAGCAGCAGCUGUAGUCAGAGUGGAGUGGAGCAGUUUAGCAAAACCAACCUGUACAUACGAGGACUUCCUCCUGGAACCACAGACCAGGACCUCAUCAAACUCUGCCAACCCUAUGGGACAAUCGUGUCUACUAAGGCCAUCCUGGACAAGAACACACACCAGUGCAAAGGUUAUGGUUUUGUGGACUUUGAGUGUCCGGCAGCGGCGCAGAAGGCCGUGUCGUCUCUGAAAGCCUCCGGUGUGCAGGCGCAGAUGGCAAAGCAGCAGGAGCAGGACCCCACUAACCUGUACCUGUCUAAUCUGCCCGUGUCUGUGGAGGAACAGGAGCUGGAGGCACUGCUCAAACCCUUCGGUCACGUGAUCUCCACACGGAUCUUACGGGACACCAGCGGCGCGAGCAGAGGUGUCGGCUUCGCCAGGAUGGAGUCCUCAGAGAAAUGUGACGUUGUCAUACAGCAUUUGAACGGGAAAUAUCUCAAGACUCCAGCAGGAAGCCCAGGUCCGUCUGAACCGCUGCUCUGUAAGUUUGCUGAUGGCACUCAGAAGAAGAGACAAACUCAGAGUAAAUUUCCUCAGAAUGGCAGAGUGUGGAGAGAAGGAGAGAUGGGAAUGACACUCACAUACGACCCUGCGGUCAUGCAAAACGGGUUCUCCUCUUCUCCAUACAGCAUCAGUGCUAACCGGAUGAUCACACAAGCCUUCACUCCGUUCAUCACCACUACACCCGUCUCUACAUAUCAGUUUCAGAGCACAGCAUGGAUGCCGCAGCAGUAUGUGAUGCAGCCCACAUAUAUAAUGCCUCCAGCUGCUGUGGGCCCUAUGCAAGGCACAUUCAUCCAUCAGUUAACACCGGUCCAUCCAGAGGGUGUACUAACAGAAGCUCCCGCGUCACAGAAUGUCCAUGUAGCACGGCAACAGAUCACCAUGGAAACCAGCGACCACAUGCAACCCUGCUACCAGACCAAAUAGCAUCCUGAAGAGGUGAAUGUACAUCAGCGUUGUCUUCUGAUGGACGCUCUGCUCUCUAAUAAUGGACACGCAGUGAACGUCCAGCUGACCUCAGCACCAAAAACACGGACUGGACUCAUUUCCACCUGGACUGGACUCUGCAGGCUGCUUCAUUUUAUUGCUUGAUUUUCUUAAUUAAUUUAAAUGUCUGUUGGACUGAAGCUCCUAUAGAGAGUUAAUAUGAAAACAUUGCAUUGAUAGAUGUGGAUUUGAUGUAAAAUGAUCAAGAUGAACACGUAUCGUCUUCCUCAGAUAUUAAGCGAUUACAUCUUUAUAUUCUGUUGAUUUUCUUGUCAAGUGUUGGCUUUGUAGGAGUUUACACACAUCUCAGUUGCCUUCAUUUUGAAUACAUCUGAAUAUUGUUUAA